GGGGGCUGAUGGAGAAAGAAUGGCGGUGCUUCCGUGCCUGGGGCAGCGCUCCCGUCCCGUCCCGUCCCGUCCCGUCCCGUCCCGUCCCGUCCCACAACGCUGCGGGAAGCGAUGGCAGCAGCUGCAAUAGAGCACGCUUUGCUUACUGCAAACUCCGCGUCUUUACGAUGGGCAGCGGCUUGGCAGGAUGGGCAGAGAAAGAAAUCGAAGGAGUCCCGAAGGCGUGUGACUCCCUGAAGGGUCGCACUCCCUGCGCUACUUCAUGACCGGGAUGACGGAUCCCGGCCCCGGGAUGCCGCGGUUCGUGAUCGUCGGGUACGUGGACGGCAAAAUCUUCGGUAUCUAUGACAGUAAGAGCAGGACUGCACAGCCCAUCGCGGAGAUGCUGCCGCAGGAGGACCAGGAGCACUGGGCUACGCAGACCCAGAAGGCCCGGGGCGGUGAGCGGGAUUUUGACUGGUUCCUGGGCAGGCUGCCGGAAUGCUACAACAUAAGUGGAGGGUCUCACACACUGCAGAGGAUAAUCGGCUGUGACAUCCUGGAGGACGGCAGCAUCCGAGGGUACGAUCAGUAUGCAUUUGAUGGGAAGGACUACAUUGCCUUUGAUAUGGACACGAUGACGUUCACCGCGGCGGAUCCGGUGGCAGAAAUCACCAAGAGGCGAUGGGAGACAGAAGGGACGUAUGCUGAGAGAUGGAAGCAUGAGCUGGGGACUGUCUGUGUUCAGAACUUGAGGAGAUACCUGGAGCACGGGAAGGCGGCACUGAAAAGGACAGUGCAGCCCGUGGUGCGAGUGUGGGGGAAGGAGGCCAACGGGAUCCUGACCUUGUCCUGCCACGCUCACGGCUUCUACCCGCGGCGCAUUGCCAUCAGCUGGAUGAAGGACGGCAUGGUCCGGGACCAGGAGACCCACUGGGGGGGCAUCGUGCCCAACAGUGAUGGCACCUACCACGCCUCGGCUGCCAUUGAUGUGCUGCCGGAGGAUGGGGACAAGUACCGGUGCCGCGUGGAGCACGCCAGCCUGCCCCAGCCCAGCCUCUUCUUGUGGGAGCCGCAGCCCAACCUUAUCCCCAUUGUGGCCGGAGCGGUCGUCGCCAUUGUGGCUGUCAUCGCUGUUGUCGUUGGAUUGGUGGUGUGGAAGAGCAAGUCAGGGAAGGAGAAGAAGGGUUACGAAGCAGCGCCAGGCCACGACGGAGAAUCCAGCAUAUCGGCCACAGGAAGUGAACCUUCCAUCUGAGUGCUGUGCUGCUUCAGCCAGCCCUGCAUGCACGUGUUUGGAGUUUGUGGGUGUGUGUAUCUCCAUUUGCUCGACUCCUGCAUCUCCUCGGGCUGACGCAGUGUGUGCUCCUCUGCUCUAUUCUGUGCAUUAUUUCCUGGGAAUGACCCAUUGAAAUGUCCACCUCGUGAGCAGAGGUCAACCUCUGGGCAGAGCGCUGUGCAUCGUUUUGGGGAAGAUACCAUUGCAGACACACUGGGAGGAGAGCGCCGGGUUCCGGGCUCAGGGGACGGGCAGAGGCUCUGGAAGAGGCCGAGCAGAAAAGAGUGUUCCAAACAGUCCGUAGAAGUGCAAAAGAGACCCGAACAGUAAUGAGAUGCGGAGUGGGUGAAGCAGGUGGAUUUGUGAAGGUGAGGCAGCCAUUUCCUUCAGUCCUCAGAUGCCGACCUGAGACCCCAGGCUGAUUGCUGGGACGUUCAGAACAAGGACUCAGCUCCACCACAUGUGGCAGCUGAGGAACACAGGAAAGCAAAGGUGCAUAGGAACAUAGGAGGCGCCCCACAACUGGAGGAACAGCCGUGACGUCGCUGGGUACAAGGGCAGUGAGUGCAUCUUCAUCUCUCUCCUCUCUCUUUCUCCUCCUCUCUUUCCUUCCAAGCCCUAUCUGAAUGUAACACGAGGCACAGCACCAUAGCUUAUUGCUAACUGGGUACAUCAUUGUGAUCGUUCAUAUAUCAAAUGUGACCGGAGUUACAGCAGCAAAUUGGGCAUCCUUCAACUGAAGCUCAGCCCCCCCGCAACCACCCUGACAGCCAAGAACAAGUUGGAGCAGAAGGGGAGUUGUUUUCUGCCAAAUUUCUUUGCCCUCUUCGUGUGAUGCCCUUCAAGUCAAAUAAACCCCAGCACUGUGGAUUGCUGGUUUGCAGCUCA